GUUGCCUGCAGUGCAUUUUCAAGUCACCGGUUUUAAAUUGAAGGAGACGCGCGAUGACGACAGAAGUGGAAAAUGAGAUAUUUCGCAUGAAUAGUAACUUGUGCAGUUUUUCCAAUGAUGAAAGGUUUUUAGCAGUAGCAUUUCAAGGAAACUUGAUUAUUAAAAAUACGGGAACCUUUGAUACUUUCCAAUCAUACGUAUUUGGAGAUAUUAUUGAGUAUAUCGAAUGGUCCCUGGACAGUGAAUAUAUAUUAUGCUCCAAUUUCAAGAAAGCUGUUGUCAGGGUAUUUUCAAUUUGCUUCCCAGAAUGGAGAUGCAAAUUGAUUGAAGGUAGUGCAGGAUUAGAACGAGUAAUAUGGUCUCCGGAUAAUAGGCACAUUAUUACAGUGGCAGAUUUUAAUAUUCAAAUAUCAAUAUGGUCUUUGGAAAAUAGAAACGUAACAUACAUACAGAAUUCAAAAUCAUCUACUAACAAGAAACUCGAAUUUAGUCCAAAUGGAAAGAAACUGGCUCUUAUAGUAGCAGAAAAUGAUGAAGAUAAUGUUGCUAUCUACAAAACAAAGAACUGGAAAAUAAGUAGGAAAUUAAUAUGUGAAAGACUAAAAACUAUUAACGGAAUUUGCUGGUCUCCUGAUAGCGAACUAUUAUGUAUAUGGUGCUCCAAUAUAGGAGAAUCAAAAUUACUUGUAUUUUCGGCUAUUUUGGACAGCCAUGUAGGAGUAUAUUCUCCAGAAGAUGAUACAGAUAAAGGUGAUAUAGAAAAUGAAUUUAAACGAGGCAUAAAAGGAAUCAAUAAAGUCAAAUGGAUUCCAAGUGGUCAACUUAUAGCUAUUACUGGAUAUAAUGAAAUGGUUGUGCUUAUAAAUUACGUAACGUGGAAGCCACUGUUGGAAUUAUACUUGAAUUCAAUAAUAAAUGAAUCUGAUUAUAUGAAUAAAGUAUAUAAGGAAUGUAUUAUUCAAAUUCGAGAUUCAAACAAAUAUUCAUCAGUAAAUGGAAAACAUCUUUUAGAAGAAAUAAAUGACCGUCCAAUAAACAUUCCAAUUGUUAAAAGGGAAAACAAUACCGAUCCAAUCAUAACUGAUGUGGAUAUAUUAGAAUUCAGCUCCUGUGGUCGUUAUUUAGCUGUAAGGUAUCAGGCUUAUCCUACUACACUGUGGAUAUGGGAUAUAAAUAUUGACAGUGUAGAAUAUUUGAUUCUCCGAAAUCCUAUUACCAGUGUAAAGUGGAGUCCAACUUGCAGUCGUUUAAUAGCACUUACAGAAACUCCUCAUAUAUUCGAAUGGUGUCCUGAGGGAGCAACAUGCAUACAAACACCAAAAGGAAUAAUUGUCUCAGAUGUGCAAUGGCAUCUAGGAGGAAAAAUUUUAGCUUUAUGUGGAUACAAUAAAGGAGCUAUUUUUAAUAUUUUUGAUUGAUACAGGGUAAUGCAUAGUAAUGACUGGUUUUUAUAAAAUAAAACUGUAAAAUAUCGUAAACCA